AUGGUUUCCGGACUCCGCUCGUUGCUGGCAAACCUAGCAACUAGCCUUCUGGUGAUCACGCUUUUAGUAGAGGCAUCUCAGAUCAAAUCGGCCGGUCAUGCUGGAGGCGCCGCGGCCUGUGGUGAAUUAGCCUCCAAAUUCCCUUCCUUGCUCUUCCUCCCCAAUACGACUACGUAUACCUACCAAAGUCACUUGCCGUGGUCGGAAACAUGUCUGCUAUCCCCAACCUGCGUCUUUCUCCCUCAAAACGCCGCUCGUAUUGCGGCUGCACUUCCUAUCAUCCGGAAAGCACGAUCACCAUUUGCAGUGAUCAGCGUUUUGAUCUCCAUGAACCAAAUGACACAAUUGAAAUUUGCCAAUUACAGCAGCACUUUUGCUCAAGUUGAACCUGGCAAUACAUGGAAGCAGGUCUAUGACUGGCUUGAACCGUCUGGUCUGGCUGUGAACGGUGGUCGGUACGCGCAGGUGGGAGUGGGCGGGCUGCUCCUCGGGGGUGGGAUUGGGUAUUUUAGCAGUAAAAUGGGAUGGGGUGCCAACUCGGUUGUGCAGUAUGAAGUCAUGUUGGCUAAUAGCUCUGUGGUGCUUGUCAAUUGCACCUCACAUCCUGACCUCUUCUGGGCCCUCAAAGGAGGAUCGAACAAUUUCGGCAUUGUGACUCGCUACGAUCUUACCACUUUAGAGAUUGGAGAUGCAUUUUCCAACGUCAUGAUCUGGUCGUCGGAAGCCACCACACAAUGGUUUGACGCUCUCAACGCUUAUCUUGCGCCAGGCGGUGGUGUUGAAGAUGUAAAUGCUGCCAUUAUGCCCAUAGUAGCACUCACCCCCGCCGACGGCACAUAUGAGGUGAUCAAAACUCAAGUUGGAUCUUGGACCUUCCUCGCCGAGGCUUUGGAUAUACCGGCGUAUGCAGCCAGGGAUGAAAGACAACUUUUCUGGGCCAUUAGCUCCCUGCCAGAUCCCCGUGCAAUCAGCAUUGCUAAUCACACAGUGUUUGAUCGAGCACUGGUGGAUCUGAGGAAUGUCACCGGCUGCUCCAUAACUUUGAACUAUCAACCAAUUUCGAAGGCAUGGCUUGAAGCAUCGAAGGCUCUGGGUGGGGAUGCAAUCAAUUUGGACCCUCACGAUGGACCAUUUAUUGCCGGCUUGAUCGCUUCAACCUGGACGAACGAAGACGAUGAUGAGACAGUUUAUGAGUGCUCUCGAAAUGCCGCCGACUCAAUUCGCCGUCAGACUGAGGCUUUGGGUCUACACCAUCCGUUCAUAUUCUCAACGAUGCAGCCAAGGGACAACAGCCCUUUACUUCAUAUGGUGGUGGAAAGAGUUUGA